CGACUGUGUGUAGUGACAGCGGGUUUCGACCCAUAUCAUCGCACGUCUUGACCGGAACGCAGGCGUCAGUCUCAUCACGCGGGUGGCUCGGUAAGCGUGUUCUGCCCGACCCCGCGUGUGAAGUCGUCGAUGAAGAGUAUCGCCAGACACCACCGUCUUCGCGCGAGAAAUCUCGACAAGAAUGAUCGCAACUUCACUGUUGCUCAGGAUCGUUGUUUUGGUUAUGCGCGACUCCGACUCGGGGAAGAACGGUGACCUUUGGAUGCUCGACAUCUUCUUGGAGGACCUUUGCGGACCACUCGAAGUCGUUGGCCAGCCUUGCCCGUUCCACUUCCUUCCGACUGGAGACGUCCAGUUCGCUUACGAGUCGUUGAGUCCCAUCCGAACAGCACAAAGGAUUGGCUUUACGCCUACAAAGGAUUGGCAUUACUGCCUUCGGAGGAGCUCGUUUUUAAUGAGUUCGCACCUUGCUAGGGAAACUGUGCCGAGACUGCGAACCGACUUAAAACAAACUCCUCCGUACAACGGAUUGGCUUUACUGCCUACAAAGAUCGUCGGAUAGUGGAUUGCAAGUCGGCCACUUGCCGAUCUGCUUCCGACAAGAAGCCCAGAGGACACGGGCAGCUUGCCGCCAGCAACCAUCAGAUGAGCUGUCUCACCCACUUCGCAUCUGGGAGCUGUACGCGGCCGAGUGCCCUGUCCUCGAAGAUGUCUCAGAAUCGAGGUUACGACCUCCUGAAUCAAAGAAUCGAGUGGUUAUGCUGAGCUGCUUGCUCUCGCGAAGGCCCCGCCCUUCGACACCACGAGAGCUUGCGGAAGGCCCAUGGCACUCCAAGAAUCGAAGAUGCUGAUCCUGCCGGCGACAAGGCUCUGAUGCAGCGUCGACAGCACGUGUA